GCACGAGUACGCGCACGCGUGGUUGAGCGAAUGUGCGCGCUUUGCGUGCACGGAGCUCGGGGCUCUCGAUAGAUUGUAGACGGAAGAGCAGGAGGAGAGAACGGCUGCAGUAGUAGGAGCAAGAGGAGGAGGUAACGGCGAGGGAGGAAGGAGUACAUAUCUGACCAGAAGGAAAGAUAGAGGGAGCUCGUCGGGAGCCGGUUUUGCACUCAGCUUUUUACUCUUUUCUUUCUCGUCUGGAUGCACGCACACACAGUUUACAUUGCUCUCGUGCGAUGCAAAAGUGGGAAGUGACCUUGCAUUUCGCCGCUGCCUGUAUUUCACUUGCAUCUUGGAAGAUUAAACGUCUUUUUCUAGCGGACAGUUUAAACAGCGUGAAUUAAGGAGCAACUUCCAUCCUGGGGACGCGGAGUCUCGAUCCACUUGGGAAACGUCGCUAGACGCAAGGGAUGGAGCCGUGGAGGCAGUGCGCGCAGUGGCUGAUCAACUGCAGGGUGCUGCCCCCAAACCAUCGGGUGACAUGGGAGUCGGCACAGGUGUUCGACUUGGCCCAGACCCUCCGGGACGGAGUGCUUCUGUGCCAGCUUCUCAACAACCUGCGUCCGCAGUCUAUCAACCUGAAAGAGAUCAACCUGAGACCGCAAAUGUCCCAGUUUCUCUGUCUGAAAAACAUCAGAACAUUUCUUACUGCAUGCUGUGAAAUAUUUGGAAUGAGGAAAAGUGAACUGUUCGAGGCCUUUGAUUUAUUCGAUGUGCGAGAUUUUGCAAAGGUCAUUGAGACCCUGUCCCGCCUGUCUCAAACAGUCAUUGCCCAGCAUGCAGGAGUAAGGCCUUUUCCCUCAGAAGAAAUUGUAGAAGAUGAAGAUGUUUACAAAGGCCUGGAUGAAUUAAUUGAUGAAAAUGGAGUCGAGGAUGAGGAAGAUCUUUAUGACUGUGUGUAUGGAGAAGAUGAAGGUGGAGAGGUGUACGAAGACCUUAUGAAGACUGAAGCUACGCCUCCCCCUCAGAAACAAGUGGAAACCGAUGUUCGGAGCUGCUGCUUACUUGAAAUCAAACAGACUGAAGAAAAAUACACAGAGACACUGGAGUCAAUAGAGAGAUAUUUUAUGACACCACUUAGAAAAUUUUUGACAUCACAAGAGAUUGACAGAGUAUUUAUUAACAUUUCGGAUCUUGUGAAAGUCCACAAAUCUUUUGUACAAGAAGUUCAUGACUCUAUUUCAAUCAAGAAUUCCCAAAACUUAUACCAGAUUUUUAUAAACUACAAAGAAAGAUUGCUUAUUUAUGGGAAAUAUUGUAGUCAUGUUGAAACUGCAAUAGCAAGUUUGGAUGAUAUCUGCAAAGAAAAGGAAGAUGUGAGAUUAAAACUUGAGGAGUGCUCAAAGAGGGCAAAUAAUGGGAAAUUUACUUUAAGAGAUCUUUUGGUUGUUCCCAUGCAAAGAGUUCUUAAGUACCAUCUGCUGCUUCAGGAAUUAGUCAAGCACACUCAUGAUCCUGCUGACAAGAGUAAAUUACGGAUGGCCCUUGAUGCCAUGAAGGAUCUAGCACAAUAUGUUAAUGAGGUCAAAAGAGACAAUGAAACCUUGCGUGAGAUUGACCAGUUUCAGCUUUCCAUUGAAAACUUGAAUCAGUCCCUUAGAAACUACGGACGACCCAAAGUUGACGGUGAAGUCCGUGUGUCUUCAUUGGACAGACGUUCAAAGCAGGACAGGCACAUAUUUUUGUUUGACAAAGCAGUCAUUGUAUGUAAAAGACGUGGGGAUAACUAUGAAAUGAAAGAGGUAAUUGAUCUGCACAAAUUUAAAAUCACUGAUAACCCAACAACAGAAAAAGAAAGCAAAAAGUGGUCUUAUGGGUUUUACCUCACGCACAUCCAAGGGCAAAAUGGGUUUGAGUUCUUUUUUAAAACUAAGGAGCUGAAAAAGAAGUGGCUGGAACAGUUUGGAAUGGCAGUAUCCAACAUCAGACCUGAAAAUGCAAAUUGGAAUUGCCAUGAAUUUAAAAUGCACACUUUUGAACGGAUCACGUCCUGCAGUUCCUGUAAUAUGCUUCUGAGAGGAAUAUUCAACCAAGGCUACAUAUGUGUAAACUGUGGAGCUGGAGCCCACAAGGAGUGUCUGGGUAGACUAGAGACUUGUGGGAAAGUGAACACAGAUCCUUUGACACAGAGGUUGGAGAAGAAAAUAAAUGGGCACAGAAAACCCCCUAAACACAGCUCUAUAGAUCCAGGUUUACCAAAGAUGCAGGUUAUCCGGAACUAUCAUGGAGUGCCUGCACCCACAGAGGGUCCAGCUUUGCAUAUCCAGAUUGGAGAUAUCAUUGAGGUCAUGCAUGCUGACGUCCACAGCUCAUGGUGGGAGGGUAAAAGUCUGACAACAAGGGAAUGUGGAUUCUUCCCAAGCAAUGCAGUAAAGCCCUGUCCAUGUGUACCCAAACCUGUGGAUUAUUCUGCACAACCAUGGUUUGCGGGAGCAAUGGAAAGACUGCAAGCUGAAACAGAACUCAUCAACCGGGUAAACAGCACAUACCUUGUAAGACACAGAAGUAAAGAAGGCACGGAAUAUGCCAUUAGCAUCAAGUACAACAACGAUGUGAAGCACAUCAAGAUUUUAGCAAAGGAUGGGGUUUUCUACAUUGCAGAGAACAAGAAGUUUAAAAAUAUUUUAGAGCUAAUUGAAUAUUACAAGCAUCAUUCUCUGAAAGAAGGAUUCCGAAGUCUGGACACAACAUUGCUCUUUCCUUUCAAAGAACCGGAGAAUUCAGCCGCACAUCGGAGGAUCCGGUCAGCGGGCAACAUCCUCACUCCCAAGGUGGUUGGAAUUGCAAUAGCCCGCUAUGACUUCUGCCCCAGAGAUAUGAGGGAGCUUGCAUUAUCGGAAGGAGAUGUUGUAAAGAUCUAUACCAAGACUGGAGCAAAUGGCUGGUGGAGAGGGGAAGCAAACGGCAGGGUGGGAUGGUUUCCAUCUACUUAUGUGGAAGAGGAGGAUGAGUAAGGCAAAAUGGACCCAACAGAGGAUCGGAAAAAGCCUUCUCCUUCUGAGCCACCCAUGUGGGCCACCAGCAAGGCUUCACUCUGGCAAGUCGGCAUGCGUGUGUUUUCCUUUGGGGACAAACAGAUAACAACACACUCCUCAGUCCAUAAAGUGGUGCUGCCUGUCCUAAAUCCCAAAUGCAACAAGCAGGGAAAUCUGUACAAGCUUGUGUUGACAGAUUAAUGGCUCGCCUACAGCUUUACAAGUAAAGGCCUGCCAGUCGGCUGUCAGUAGGGACCAGCUUCUGAGCCAGAAGCUCUCCCUCCCUGAAGAACCUCACGUUAUAGACAGCUUCAUUCUUCUUGUCACUCUUUCUGCUCUUGUGCAGUGUCAGCUCGGCUCCUAGUAAAUGUUUCAAUACUUCCCAGCCCAGCUUGGGCUCUCCUUGAUGAGCUACGAAAAUCUGGAGCUGCUGUGUUGUACCUUGUGGAUUUAUACCAAGGCUGACCUUCUUAACAUCCUACGUACCUGUGUUAUUAUUGAUGACUUCAUGUACCAUUUUCUUUCUAAAGUGAAAACUGUAAGGAUUUAUGCACUUCAUCCGCACAGAUGCUGUCUGCUUGGAUAACAAUCAGAACCUUAAAAAAACAUUUCUACAGGGAGAGCAGCAUUACUUCAUGUUUUUGCAUGAAACAAAUGCAAAUGUUUGCAGCUGGCUUUGUCUUAAAAGGACCUUUUUUAGAAGUCGCUGUUUGUUUGUGUGAUGCUAGGUUACUGAUCAACUUGAUGAAAUGAUUUGGUACAAAACAAAAGCUUUAGAAAAGAUGGAGAGAAAACAGAGACAGUAAAUUAAGUGCUGGUACAGAAUUUCCAUAGCAUGCCUCUGACAGUGUUAACUGAAAGGGUAAUUAUAAGCUGCGGUUUGGCAGUAAAUCACUGGGAGAGGAGGGCCGUUCACAUGUCAUCAGUGCCUCGGACUCGGCCAGCAGUUAUAAUGAAUCCAGACUAAUUACCUUGGCUUUUUUUUUUUAACUAAUCAGUGAAUUUACAAAUGUUUCCUCAGAAUGUUAAUUUCAACUGAUAAAGUUGCCAAGGAUUUGUUUUCACACACAGUACGAUUCUGAGAAGAGAAGAUUCGACCCGGUAGGUAGUUUUGAGUGGCACCUAACCCCGUUUAUCCUUAAACACGGAAUUUGGAUUUCUUGCUGCGUUUGGUAAUUUGCGUAUCUGAAAAUCUGUUAAAAUGAAAUUGUUGCUAGCAAUCUGCAGCUAGUAUUUACUGUAUCCACUAGCUGGUUCCUUAAUUGUUCAUUGGAAUUUGGAAGAGCAUAAUGAAAUCAGGGAGCUGUAAUAGAAUGGAUAAUUCUAUUACUGCUCUUCAAAACCAUUAAAAGAACUUGAAAAAGAAACAUCUUGCUAUACUUGCUAUAUUUAUUGUGUUGAUGAAUGUGCUGUAAUCAAAAAGAAAAUCAACUUAAUUCUGAUUAUCAAAUAGAAAAGUACAAUUCAUUUUAAAAUGUAGAUUAUUUUGCUUUAUCCUAAAAGAAGCCCAUUGUUUCUAAACAAUACACUUCCUCUCACUGUUUUCAAAUUAGCAAAACUGAUAAUUGCUUCCUAUACUGCUUUAUAUAUACAUUUGACAUAACAUCACUCAGUCUUAUUCAAAUUGAAUAGAUAAUAAAAAAAAAAAUUCAACAAUAAAGGUUGUGUUCUUUAUAAAUUUGCACUCUGGUUCAGUUCCCAAGAUGCAUUAGAAAAGCGAAAAUGUCCAUUUUGAACAUAUUGCAUAAACCCCUCUGGUUUGUCAUAGUACGCAUUAAUCGACUAUUUUACAUUAUUUAUGUUAAAUUGAAUAUUUGAAAUGAUUAUCAUUGCCUAUAUUCAUAUGAUGUAAACAUUCUUUAUUUUCUACUUUGAACACAAGAUUAAUCUCAGACUAAUGUUGCAACCACAGUGUUAAAAAUAGUAGGCCUAUCAACAAUGAAUUUGUCAAGUUUAUUUGUCAAAUAUAAAAAAAAAACCAUUAAUACAUUAAAUAACAUCCAGCAUAUGAGUAAAGCCAAUAUUUAGCAUAUUAUAUGGUCUAUAACUCCUUUAAAAAGGUCAAUUUGAAAGACCAGCCUAGGAACGUUACAGUUACGUGACGUCAUGAUGGCAGCAUUCGCACCGCAAAACUCGUUUGCAGCUGGCGGAGGUCUUAAUAGUUCUGUAUACCUCUUAAUAAAAUUUGUAACUCAACUUUAUUUCAUUUCUAUAAAAUAGAAAAGGUUUCCUUCCAAAGGGUAAACGAAAAAUGUCUCAUCAUACACAUCUGCUGCUCCACAACACUUCAUAAAGCUCCAUUGGUGAAUGUCCACUUCUGCACAUUAGUGAAUUUUUUUGGAAUUAUUCAACAACGUUCCCUUGAGUAGGACACAACUCCUUUUUCAUUAAUCAUCCAUUAGAAGUGCUUAUGAAUUUAUAAAUGCAACAAAUAAAAUUGACACUCAGAAAGGCUCCUCAUUUGUUGUAUGUAGCCAGGGGCGCAGGAAGCCUUGGCAGCCAUCACAUCCUUCUCUGAGUCUCAAGCAAAUUCAUCCCGAUCUCCUUCACAACGGGUCGGUCUUUUGUGUCCUUAUUUGCAGUACACGUGGGGUUUCCAUUUGCAGGAGUGCCAGCAGACGGAGUCCGGUCUCAAGAUGUCUCCUCCACUCGUGGGUCUGUGAUGUGGGAACUGAGAGAGAAGCAUUGAAAACACCACUCCUUACAGGUCUUUCUUUAUUUCAUUCCUAAUUAAAAGUAGCUAAAUGGUCACCGCAUGACAAUAUACAUGGAAUACAGCCUUGAGAAUAAUUUCCACAAUAUUAUUAGCAGUUCCAUACAAGUUUCAUAAUGUGAGAUUGCCUGCUCCUGACGGAGGAUGAUAUCCACUCCAUUUUGUAACAAUUUAAAAUUCAGAGUGUUAAAGAUUUGAGCUUCCUGUGUACAUUGUGGUGACUCACAGUGUCUUCUGUUUUUUGAUUGCAGAAAUCCUUGUAAUCAUUGAAUAAUUUAAACUGGUAAAAUGUGUAAGUGGCUGUGACUAUGACGUUGGUGGUUAGAUGCUGUGGCUGAUGUUUUUGUAGCAGGAGACGGCCAAAUGUAACACAACCAAAUUCGUAUGAACUAUUAUUGAGAACCUAAAGAGACAUGAUAAUAGAUAAAUAGUGUAAUAAAAACAGUAGACAUGGGGGUGACAGGAAGAUACUGGACUUGUAAGCUACAUUUUAUGUUUUUUUGUUUUUGUCAGUCUCAAUGCUUUGGGAAGUGAAAGCCAUGCACUGAAUUGUAUAAGAUGUUGUUCCAGAAUUUGUGUAUUAUACUUUAACAAUAAAAGAAAUGUGUAUAUGCCUAUACAGUACAAUAAUUGUUUCCACUCUAAUGCCAAAGAGAUAGGAAUUUUGUAAAAUUUUGCCCCUGAUGAAGUGGACAUGUUACAAAUUCUCUCAAUUCUUUUGCGGUUAUCUGUGCAAUUUGAUUUUUGUUUUUCUGUGUAUCAAUGUAAAGUAUUGUAUUAUAUGUAUAAAAUGCACAAUAAACUGUACAAUGUUUUUUCAUAUUUUAAA